AUGAGUUUCUCUCAAAUAUCACCUAUACCUGAGAUAAAAGAUGUUGAACUUGGAUCAACUAUUGGUAAUGGAGCAUUUGCAUGUGUUAAAUCAGCAUGUUUGAAGUCUGAUCCUAGUGUUGUGUUUGCUGUUAAGUUUGUGCAUAUUCCUACUUGUAAGAAUACAGGGUUAUCGGAGAAGGAUAUUACUAAAGAAGUUGUCUUACAAUCAAGAUGUUCGAAGAAUGAUAAUGUUUUAAAAGUGAUUGAUUGUAAUAUCUCUGAUGAUUUUAUGUGGAUUGUGCUGGAGAUGGCUGAUGGUGGAGAUCUGUUCGAUAAAAUUGAGCCUGAUGUUGGUGUGGACAGUGAAGUCGCACAAUUUUAUUUCCAACAGUUGAUUAGGGCAGUUUCUUAUUUACAUGAUGAGUGUGGUAUUGCUCAUCGUGAUAUAAAACCUGAAAAUAUAUUAUUAGAUGGGAAUGGUAAUUUAAAGUUAGCAGAUUUUGGUUUAGCUUAUCAAUAUCGCCGUAAGGAUGGAUCCAUUCGUAUUUCCACAGAUCAAAGAGGCUCACCUCCUUAUAUGGCUCCAGAAAUAUUACAUUCAAAUGCCUAUUUAGCAAAUAUUACUGAUAUCUGGUCUAUUGGUAUAUUGUUAUUUGUAUUGCUCACUGGAGAAAUACUUUGGGAAUUACCAGUCUUUGAUGAUGAAAAUUUUGAAAAUUUUAUCAAAAACGAAGGUAACAUCUACACUGGACCAUGGACAAGACUUGAUUUCAAUCAUAUGAAUCUAUUAAGGAAAAUAUUACAGCCAAAUCCUGAAAAAAGGGUAUCUUUAGAGACAUUAAAAUUGCAUCCUUGGUUUACUUCCCAAGUGAGAUUCGCUGAUGAAAAUGGCUUAUGUAAUAAUCCUUCAUUGCUUGCAAGGAAACUUUUAUCUAAUUUAAAAGUAUCAUUGAGUGAUAACGACUAUUUCAAAUUUACGCAAGAUGUUAAUAUGAAUGAAAAAAUACCUUACAGGCUGGGAUCAACUCAACCGAUUAACAAUGACUUAGCCCAAAUCCAGCAUGAUUCCUUAAAUGUUAAAAAUUAUUCAUUUACACAGCAGCAUUCAGUAGUUCCUGAUUCUGGAGGACCUACAGGUCAACGUUCAUAUUUGAAACAGGACUUGGACUUGACUAAAAAACUAUUAACCGAUGUGGCAGUAUUACAGUUUUGUGAUGAAAGGGACCCGAACUUUUCUUCAAGUCUUGUUUUGAAUAAGACAAAUAUAACAAAAUUCUAUACUCUGGAAGAAAUGGACAUUAUAUUACCUCUACUAGAGACAGCUUUACAAAUUGUGCACGUCAAGGUAAAGCCAGAUUUAUAUGGUCAAUUUUCAACCCUCUUCAACACAAUGGGAGAUGAAUAUAUGUUCCCCGUUACAAUUGGUGUUAAAACAGAGGAUAGAAAUGGUUAUGUUCUUACUGGUUCUAUCAUUAUAGCAAAACUAGAGGACCCUUUGAAAAGUGUUGACUUCGAGAGACGUUCUGGAGAUCCAUUAGAAUGGAGAAGACUGUUCAAACGUAUAGCAUUGUGCUGUAGGGGAAUUAUUUUAGUUCCUGGAGCAAAUGAAACUUGA